GUGCCCGGCCUGGCGGCCUGGCUAAGGAGGCGGCGGUGGGGGGUGGGACAGCGCAGAGGGGGAGGACGUGGGAGAAAGGAAGCCGGGCGGCUUCUCGGCAGCGACUCCAUGCCGCGGCAGUGCCCCCGUGGGCUUCCCUCGCUCCGGACGCGGUAGCCAUGGCCGCGGUGGCUGUCCUCCGGAACGAUUCUUUACAAGCCUUUCUCCAGGAUCGCACGCCGAGCGCCUCGCCGGACUUGGCCAAACACUCGCCGCUGGCCCUGCUUGCCGCCACCUGCAGCCGGAUCGGGCAGGCGGGCGCCCCGUCGGACUUCCUGCAGGUCUCCUACGAGCCGCCGCUGGGCUCGCCCUCCAGGAUCUUCCACCCGUGGAGCGCCGAGAUGCCGGCCCACUCGCCUGGCGCGCCGCCCGCCUUGGGGCUGGCCCCGCAGCCGGCCUUCGGGGCAGGCCACGAGCUGCCCCUGACGCCGCCGGCCGACCCCUCCUACCCUUAUGAGUUCUCGCCCGUCAAGAUGCUCCCGCCGCCGCCAGCCAUGGGCGCGCUGCCCUCCGGCUGCCCGCCGCCGCCCUACGUGCCCUACGCCGCCCAGGCCGCCCUGCCGCCGGGCUACUCCAGCCUGCUGCCGCCGCCCGCGCCCCAGGCCUGCCGCCAGCUCUCGCCCGCCACGCCGGCGCCCGACGACCUGCCGUGGUGGAGUAUCCAGCAGGCGGCGCCGGCCUCCCGCUUCGCGCCCGGCGGCCUGCAGCGCGGCCUGGUCUUGGCGCCCUCGGAGCUGGCGCAGUACCAGACGCAGCUGGCCGCCCUGCUGCACCCCAAGGCGCCCCUGGCGGCCGCGGCCAGGAGGUGCCGCCGCUGCCGCUGCCCCAACUGCCAGGCGCCCGACGCCGCGGCCGAGCCGGGCCGCAAGAAGCAGCACGUGUGCCACCUGCCCGGCUGCGGCAAGGUGUACGGCAAGACGUCGCACCUGAAGGCGCACCUGCGCUGGCACACGGGCGAGCGGCCCUUCGUCUGCCACUGGCUCUUCUGCGGCAAGAGCUUCACGCGCUCCGACGAGCUGCAGCGGCACCUGCGCACGCACACCGGCGAGAAGCGCUUCGGCUGCGGCGAGUGCGGCAAGCGCUUCAUGCGCAGCGACCACCUGGCCAAGCACGUCAAGACCCACCAGAACAAGCGCCUCAAGGCCGCCGGCGGCCCGGCCUGCGCCGUCAAGAGGGAGGCGGCCUCGGACCUGUGACCCCGCCACCCCCCCCCCCGGCCUGAGGAUUAGCCGGGCCCUUGGACCCCCGCCUGGAAGCUCUGGGGAAGGAGGCGGGCCUGCGCCUGGCCCUUCCCUGGGAAGCCCCCUCAGCCACACCAGAUACUGACAGGGAUCCCUAUUGGAAAGCCAUUUGGGGAACUGCUGGAAGUGACCUGCACCUGGAGGGGGGCUUAUGGUGGACAGGAUCCCCCUCCAAGGAGCAGACCCAAGACCUCCAUGCCUCCAGGAACCCCAUUGUAUGGAUUUGGGUCUUCGGAGAUUGGCUGUCUGGAGCCCUUGGAACUCUUCCCAUACAAGGAAGCUUUGACUCUGGACAGCUCAUGCCCAGGAAAUCUGGUUGGUCUCUAAGGUGCUGCUGGACAUGGAUCUUGUUGCAGGGAGAUGAUCCUCCCUGCGAUGCAAGUGAAGUGCUCAAGACUCACUCUUUGAAAUUUGAACUCACAGUGGAUUUGGAAGGUGUGCCCAGUGUGGAGCUCUGGGACAAGGAUACUCCCCCCCCCCCUUGGCUCCAACAUCAACCCCAUUCCCAUCAGGAUUCCCCAAAGGAUGAGAACUACAAUGUCAGGGUUCACAGGAAUUGCUUGGGUCGACAGCUGGCCAAAGUCGGCCAGGUUACGGUUUUAAACAGUGUUCCCUGGACUAUGGAGGGUCCGGUGCCUCUCCUUGCUGUUAUGAAUAUUAGAAUAAUUUUUGUCUUUCUUCAGGGGAAAUGGUCAACCUUUUUGUGUACAGCUUAUUUAAUAGCUUUGUUUGAAUUUUAAAAACUCAUUUUUUUUGUCUUUGGCUCCCCAUGGGGGCUACAGCAUGAGUUAUUUCUGUAAAGCAACCUUCAACUGCAGCGGGGAAAAUAAAUACGUUAACACUGGGGUCAUACCAGGAAGAUCCCACUGAGUCGGCUUCAUUUGAUCUUUUCUUCCCCCUGAAGGCCUUACAAAG